AUGCCAACCUUCACCGACCAACAAACAACAUCCACUGACCAGAAAAUCACGCCCGCCCGAAUGUCUUCGCCCAGAUUGAACUAUCCAAAACGCUUUUGCCUCCUCUUCCAUCCAGCGCUCGCCAUUCUGCAUCCUCCCCACUACCACCAACACCCCCGGUGUACCCCCACCGCAUCAUCAACCCCUUCGCCCUCUCUACCACCUCCCUCCUCCAGCUCUUGGACCUCUCCCCCUACCCCCGCCACAUCCUGGAAGCCCCCUUCUCCCUCCUCCACCUCUUCUACCCCCCCCAGCUCCCACUGCCCAAGUCCCCCGCCCGCCCCCCCACCUCGCACCACGCUCCUCUCCCUCCUCUCCGAGCUCCUCCCGCAGAUCGCAUCCUUCCUCCCUAUCUGCACCCUCCUCCAACCCCGCCUGCGCAAUCACCCUCUCUACCACCUGCGGCUGCACCAGCUCACCAACUCAAUCCCGCAGCCCGGAGAGCACGUCAUGCUAUGGUCCCUCCGCCGCAACUCCCCAACAAACUUCACCCACGGGCUCGAUAUCGGGGCCACCUUCACGCCCGAGCAUAUGGCGCUUAUAAUCUAG